ACCCCCCCACCCCGGGGCCUUAUCUGGGUUUGGGGUGUGGGGGGGCCCCAGUGCUGGUUGUUCGUCCUCAGUGCAGGUCAACAGCACUAUGGCCGCCCUAUUGCGCUGCCCCAUCUUGGCCCGGCACCCCUGGUUGGCCCGAGCCUUCGCAACCGCCCCCCCCCGGCCCCAUCCAGGUGACCCCUCCCGGGGCUCCCAUUGCCCCUUCAUGGAGCUGGAGGGGGACCCCCCGUUCGUCCAACGCGCCCCCCCUGAGGUGCAGGAGGACGUGACCCCCCCCGAGACAGCCCCCAUGGAUUGGCUGAUGGAGCUGAUGGAGACCCCCGAGGAGGCCCCCCCCGAGAGGGCGCUGGAGGAGAACCUGCCCGAGGGCGCGUUCCCGUACGCGGCGCUGCUGGAGGCGCGCCUGGCCGCUCUGCGCCGCACGCACAGCUACCGAGUGUUCACGGCCGUGCGGCGCCGGGCGGACGCGCCGCCCCUGGGGCUCAGCGGCGCCCCCCCGCGGGCGCUGCAGGUCUGGUGCUCCAACGACUACCUGGGGCUGAGCCGGCACCCGGCCGUGCUGCGGGCCGCCAGGGCGGCGCUGGGCGCGCACGGGCUGGGCUCGGGGGGCACCCGCAACAUCGGGGGGACGUCGCCGCUGCACGAGGCGCUGGAGCGGGCGCUGGCGCGGCUGCACCGGCAGCCCCGGGCGCUGCUCUUCGGCUCCUGCUUCAGCGCCAACGACACGGCGCUGGCCACGCUGCUGCGGGCGCUGCCAGGGUGCGAGGUGUUCUCGGACGCGGGGAACCACGCGUCCAUGAUCCAGGGCAUCCUGCGCGCGCGCGGCCCCCGCCACAUCUUCCGCCACAACGACCCCCAGCACCUGCAGGAGCUGCUGGCGCGGAGCCCCCCCGGCACCCCCAAAAUCGUGGCCUUCGAGUCCGUCCAUUCCAUGGAUGGCUCCAUCGCCCCCCUGGAGCAGCUCUGUGACGUGGCCCAUGCCUAUGGGGCGCUGACCUUCGUGGACGAGGUGCACGCCGUGGGGCUCUAUGGGGCGCGCGGCGCCGGCAUCGCCGAGCGCGACCGCGUCAUGCACAAGGUGGACGUCGUGUCCGGCACCUUGGGGAAGGCGGUGGGCGCCGUGGGCGGGUACAUCGCGGGGCCGUCGCCGCUGGUUGACGCCGUCCGCUCGCUGGGCCCCGGCUUCAUCUUCACGACGUCGCUGCCGCCGGCGGUGGCCGCGGGGGCGCUGGCGGCGCUGCGGGUGCUGGCGGGGCCCGAGGGGCGGGCGCUGCGCCGGGCGCUGCAGCGCCACGCGCGGUACCUGCGGGAACUGCUGCGCGACCGCGGGCUGCCCGUGCGCGCCUGCGCCAGCCACAUCGUGCCGCUGCCGGUGGGGGACGCGGAGGCCGUGCUGCGGCUGAGCCGGGCGCUGCUGCAGCACCACGGGCUCUACGUCCAGGCCAUCAACUACCCCACGGUGCCCCCCGGGCAGGAGCUGCUGCGCCUGGCGCCCACCCCCCACCACAGCCCCCCCAUGAUGGAGAACCUGGCCGAGCGGCUGUCGCAGUGUUGGGGGGCGCUGGGGCUGCCCCGCGAGGCCCCCCCGGGCUCCUCCUGCGCCUCCUGCCAGCGGCCCCUGCACUGGGCGCUCAUGAGCGACUGGGAGCGGCAGCACUUCCAGGGGGGGGCCGUCCCCGUGGGGGCAUGAGACCCCCCG